AUGGAGGGCCCAGAAGGAUAUGAGAAGCGCAUAGAACAGGAGUCGCCUAUACGGGAACCAGUAACUGCAGCCGAGGAGUAUCCACUGGUAACAGACACGGUUACUACUACUACUGUUACUCACCAUGAGAUGGAGAGCCCAGAGAAGUAUCAGGACAUAGAGGGUGAAUCUGGUGAAAUGAUCGGUAGCUCCGCGUUCUAUGAAGGGGCACCAAGAGAAGAAAAAAUACCACUUGAGGAAGGUGUAGUGGAGCCUUCAUUCGGAGAUAAGCUUGCAGGUUUCGCAGGAAAAGCUGCAAAAAUCGCAGGAGGUGUUGUGGUUGCACCUGUUGCUUUAGCAGCUAUGGGUGCUGCAGCAGCGUACGAAGCAGUAACGAAGAAGGAAGAUCAGCCCUUAGAUGCGGUUUCUGGAGAGCUUUUUACCCAUGGAGAGAAAGCCUCCGGAGAAGACGUGAAGGGCGCAGAAACGGAAGAAGCCCUUCUCGUUGCACAGAAAGAGUAUGAUACUGAGAGUCAGAAGCAACCGCUCUCUUCACCAACAACGACAGAAGGAGCUCCGUUCGAAGAAAAGCCAGAAGGUUACAGUGAAACGCUCAGCAUGGAGAAGCCUUCGUAUGUUACGUACGAACAUGAAGAAGCAACUGCGCCCGGUGUGAAGGACGAGGAACAGUACGUGAUAGAAUCAUCAGAGUACGAUACUGAGAGUCAGAAGCAACCGCUAUCUUCACCAACAACGACAGAAGGAGCUCCGUUUGAAGAAAAGCCAGAAGGUUACAGUGAAACGCUCAGCAUGGAGAAGCCUUCGUAUGUUACGUACGAACAUGAAGAAGCAACUGCACCCGGUGUGAAGGACGAGGAACAGUACGUGAUAGAAUCAUCAGAGUACGAUACUGAGAGUCAGAAGCAACCGCUAUCUUCACCAACAACGACAGAAGGAGCUCCGUUCGAAGAAAAGCCAGAAGGUUACAGUGAAACGCUCAGCAUGGAGAAGCCUUCGUAUGUUACGUACGAACAUGAAGAAGCAACUGCGCCUGGUGUGAAGGACGAGGAACAGUACGUGAUAGAAUCAUCAGAGUACGAUACUGAGAGUCAGAAGGCAACCGCUGUCGUCACCAACAACAACAGAAGGAGCUCCGUUCGAAGAAAAGCCAGAAGGUUACAGUGA